CCAGUAAAUCAACAACUCGAAACGAUUUCAAUCAAAAUUUUGCCGGUUUUAAACCCAAAGAAAUUAAAUUUUAACAAACAAAUUGUGAUUAAAACUCAGCCACCAUGGUGGACGUGAAAAAGUUCAGCGAAAUCGACUUAUACGGUCUGCUCGGCGCAGAGAUCAGCGCCACCGAAGCGGAAAUCCGCAAGGCGUACCGCAAAAAGGCCCUCCAAUGCCAUCCAGAUAAAAACCCGGACAACCCCAAAGCCGCCGAACUUUUCCAGGAGCUAUCCAAAGCUUUGGAGAUCCUAUUGGACGCUUCCGCACGAUCUGCGUACGACAAGCUGCUAAACGCCAAAAAGGCGGCCCAACUGAGGACACAACAGCUGGACAGCAAGCGGCAAAAGCUCAAGAAUGACCUGGAAGAGCGGGAACGACGCGCGAGGGAGGCAGGUUCCGGGAAGGCAUACAAGGUCAACAAGACGCCGGAAGAGCUGUUCCAGGAGGAGUUUGAACGGUUACGGAAGGAGGGCUCCAAGCUGAUCGAGGAGGAGCAGGAGCUGAUGCGGCAGCAGCUAAGAGAGGAGCGGGAUGAAAUGCAAAAGGGAAGCGGUGGCAAGCCGAGCUGGGAUUCGAGCCAGCACCGGAUUAAGAUCAAGUGGAAGGUUGAGAAGGGCGAUGAGGCGAACAACGGGGGUUAUUCGCAGGAGGUCCUCCAAAAAUUCCUCUCCAAGUACGGCGACAUCAACGUGCUCGUGAUGAGCCCCAAAAAGAGCGGCAGCGCCCUGGUCGAAUUCCGCACCCAGGAAGCGGCCGAGAUGGCGGUCAGCUACGAGCAGGGCCGCCUGGACAACCCCUGCAAGCUCGAGUGGAUCGGAGAAGCUCCGAAGGGGGCGAAAAAAGCGGGAUCAACUUCCGGCAGCACGAUAACCGACCGGGACUACGAGAGUUUGGUGCUGCGACAACUUCGCCAAGCCGAGGAACGAAAGCGGCUGAUCGAGCAGAUGAUGCGGGACGAAGCGGCGGAAGAGGGCGAGUGA